CCAAAAUGGCGGCGCGGCCGUGGCCGCCUCUGCUGCUGCUGCUGCUGCUGCUGCUGCUGGCGGGGCCGGACCGCGGCCCGGGCGGCUCCUCCGGGGGGUUCCGGGUGGGUUUCGGGCCCGGUCCGGCCGCCGGGUAUUUCCCCGAGGAGCGCUGGAACCCGGAGUCGCCGCUGCAGCCGCCUCGCGUGGCCGUGGCGCUGCUGGCGAGGAACGCGGCCCAUGCGCUGCCGCUGGUGCUGGGUGGGUUGGAGAGGCUGCGGCACCCCAAGGACAGGAUGGCGCUGUGGGUGGCCGUUGACCACAGCGUGGACAACAGCUCAGCCCUGCUGGCCGAGUGGCUGGGCCGGGUGCGGGGUCGCUACCACCGGGUGCUCUGGAGGCACCAGGAGGAGCCCACGUCUUUCCCCGAUGAGGAGGGGCCCAAGCACUGGAGCCCCUCCCGUUACGAGCACGUGAUGAGGCUGCGCCAGGAGGCCCUGGAGGCUGCCCGGGCCAUGUGGGCCGAUUAUCUGCUGUUCCUGGACGCUGACAAUGUCCUGGUGAACCCGGACACGCUGGCCGUGCUGGUGGCCGAGAACAGAACCGUGGUGGCCCCGAUGCUGGACUCGCGCGCGGCCUACUCCAACUUCUGGUGUGGGAUCACCUCGCAGGGCUAUUACCGCCGUACCCCCGCCUAUUUGCCGAUCCGGCGCCGGGAGCGCCGGGGCUGUUUCGCGGUGCCGAUGGUUCACUCCACGUUCCUGCUGGAUCUGCGCCGGGAGCGUUCCCGGGACCUGGCGUUCUACCCGCCCCCACCCGGCUACAGCGGCGCCUUCGACGACAUCAUCGUCUUUGCUGCCGCCUGCCGGCACGCCGGGGUGCAGAUGUUCGUGUCCAACCGGGAGCAGUUCGGGUUCCUGCCGGUGCCGCUGCGCUCCCAGAGCUCCCUGCGGGACGAGGCCGAGAACUUCCUGCACGUCCAGCUGGAGAUCAUGGUGAAGCUCCCUCCUGCUGAGCCCUCUCCCAACGUUUGGGUCCCUCCCAAGGUUCUGGACAAGCUGGGAUUUGAUGAGGUAUUCCUGAUCAACCUGCAGCGCCGCUCCGACCGCCGGGCGCGGAUGCUCCGCACGCUGCAGGAAUUGGGAAUUUCCCCCAAACUGGUGGAGGCCGUGGACGGCCGGGCCCUGAACAGCAGCCAGGUGGAGGAGCUGGGGGUGCGGAUGCUGCCGGGAUAUCGGGAUCCUUUCCACGGGAGACCCCUGACCCGGGGGGAGGUGGGCUGCUUCCUCAGCCACUUCCGGGUGUGGCAGGAGAUCUCGGCGCGGGGCCUGCAGCGCUCGCUGGUGUUCGAGGACGAUCUGCGCUUCGAGGUUUUCUUCCGCAGCCGCCUGACGGAGCUGAUGGAGCAGCUGGAGGAGAAGGGCAUCGACUGGGACCUCAUUUACCUGGGCCGGAAGCGGCUGGAGCCGGAGCGUUCGGAGCGCGCCGUUCCCGGCGUGCGGCAGCUGCUGCGCCCGGGUUACUCCUAUUGGAGCCUGGGCUACGCGCUGUCCCUGCGCGGGGCCCGCAAGCUCCUGCAGGCUCAGCCCUUGGGCAAAAUGAUCCCCGUGGAUGAGUUCCUGCCCCUCAUGUUCGACCGGCACCCCAGCCCCGAAUAUUCCCGGCACUUUUCCCGCCGGGAUCUGGAGGCGUUUUCCGCGGAUCCUCUGCUCCUUUUCCCCACUCACUACACGGGAGACCCCGGCUACGUCAGCGACACCGAGACCCCCCCGGAGCCCCCCGAAACCUGGCACGGACGGGAUUACCCACGGGAACCCCCCACUUCCCAAAAUUCCCGCAAUUCCCAAAAUUCCCGCAAUUCCCGCAAUUCCCAACCCUCCCGCGACGAGCUCUGACCCCCGAUUCUGGCUUUUUUUUUGGUUUUUUUUUUGGGGGGGGGGGUCGGAAUCUUUUUAUUCUCAAAUAAAGUAUUUUUUAUUUUUAUUUUUAUUUUUAAUCGUCUCUGUUGGGUUUUUUUCUUUUUUUUCCUUUUUCUGCCAAAAUCCGAAAUUU